CGUGGUUUGGUGGCGAAGGAGGGCGGUGCGCGUUGUUGGUUUGCUGUUGUUGCAGACCGCCCAAACACAUGCACGCACACACAAACACAAACAAAGCAGCCUCGCACACAAUGGCACAACACCCGAAAGCAAGCAAGCAAGCAAGCAACCUGAUGAUGACGACCGCUGCUCUGCAGCUACUUACUUCCUGACACACAGAGCACCCACGCCACCACGCAACACGCACAACACACACCCUCAACAAGGUCCAUUUUCCAAACAAGCUGCAAGACCGUUAUUCAGACCACCAGCACCCACAGCACUGCUUAGCUAGCUGGCAACCAAGCAAGCAAACCGACAGGAGGUUUCAAACGCUUCUUUAAUUCCCCCUUGCGGCAAACGGCACAUCAUCUCAAACGCUUGGCACGAACCAACAACCCCACGAACAGCCACACACCAUCAGCAACACACACACACACACACACACACACACGAAAGUCCGAGGUUUCAUGACCGCUUUCCUCGCUCAAACCCGCGUGUCCAUUGCUGAUCGCCAGCUCCCAUUCAUCCCAUCCCAUCCAUCUAUCCGCACUGAGUGACCAUUGUAUCACUCGCUAGCUCGGCUUCUGACUCUCUCCUCUCGAAACCCAUUCAUCGCGCGUUUGUUCGCCCUUGCUUCAUCCUUCAUUCAGCCCUCGUCCCCGUCCCCCCCUCCUCGCUCUCUCUGUCUCUCUCUCUGCUCCAUCCCUGUGCUCCCUCUGCUUGCACACACAUACGCGCCCUCGAUUCAGCGCACAACAGUGUUUGAUUCGAGGUGCAACCCCAUUCAGCAGCCCCCAUUCAUGCAUUGAUCCCUUCCAUUCAAAGCAAUCGGGCUCGCCAACCAAUUCCCCCUCAACUCCAAGUUGCUUGCAUUAGUCAAUCGCCUUCCCCUCUAUCCCCACUUCCUCCCCGCAAGUCUUGCCUUCCCCCCACCCUCAAUUUCUCUCUCCUUCUCCACCCACGCUGUUGCAUUUCUCCUCUGCCCUCAUUCGCAUCCUGCCCGAGUGUGGAUUCCACCCGCGUCGCUACUCCCCGACAGUUCAUUUUCUCGCCAAGGCAGCACACCCGCCCAACCACACCCCGAGUCCACAGCACCGCCCAGCCCCAAUUCCACCGGCCCCCACGCACACACACAGAGGCAACUGAACGACCGCUCCUCCGCCGCCGUCAUCUUUCAUCCGUUGUCCGGACAGAGGAGUACGCACCUUCCAUUCCGCCGCCGUGCACAACGCCUGCCAUCGCACCCACCACCAACACCAGCAGCACCAGCAGCUCAACUCACGACGGCAGCACUGCUCUUCGUCUCAUCGUGCACUCGUCAGUCAUCCCUUCCGUUUGACACAGCGAGCUGCACCCGCCAACGACGCACAUACACACAUACACACACGCCCGCGCCUGGAACUGGCCCAAGCUCUCGCGGCUGCCCUCUUUCUGUUCCCCCCCCCCCCCACUUUUCCCUUGGGGCAGCCUGACUGACCGUGUGUCUUGUCUGGCUGACUGACUUGGCUGACCGGCCAUCGGAGCACCAGCCAGCCCCAACCACCACAGAUACAGUGUCACGGCUGCAACUUGCUUGCAUGCAUCGCCAUGAAGAUGCAGUCCCCUCCAGCAGCAACAGUGGCAGCACCCCCACAAACACAGCAGCAACAGCAGCAACACGAACAGUACCACCCCCACCAGCACACACACCAGGCGUCCGUGAACCCGCCUUCCUCCCUCCACCAAAGCACCAAGGACCUUCAGACCAUGCUGACUGCCCACCCAUCAACGCCGACAUCAACCGUCGUCGCCUCGGCCGCGUCCACGCCGCCCCAUAGCCCUUCCCCGCCAAGUGCAACCGGCCACGAUGACACCGCCGCCACCCCAGCACCACGCGCCUCCCCCGAUGCACACCACCAGCAACAACAACAUCAACCGCAACACCAGCAACAACACCAACCGCAACACCAGCAACAACAGGAACAACAGGACCAGCAACAACAGGAACAACAGGACCAACGGCACGCGCCAGAACCGCGUCUGAGGCAGCGCGGCAGCAACGCCUCUGCUUCCUCGCCAUCCCCAACACCUUCACCCUCUCCUGUCACACGCACAUCCUCCUCAGCCACAACCCACACUCCAAACACCACGCCGCCAACUACAACAACAGCUGCUGCAACAGCUUCAGCAACUGCAUCCAACGCCACGGCCGCCGCCAACAGCGCCAGUGGCGCGCGGUGUGUGUCCUCGUCAACCCCACCGCCGGCUGGGUUCGCGUCAUCCCCAACAGUGGCAAGGGAUCUGUACACCAAGUUUCCACCGCCCCCACAGCCUCCCCGCCGCCCUGCUGUGCACACCAGCGACGCCACCACAUACGAGGCUGCAACAGCAACAACAACAGCAACAACAGCAACAACAACAACCGCAACUAGCACGGCAGCCCCUGCGUCCCUCUUUGCCACAACAACACCAACACACGCACAUGACGGCGCGUCCCCGACGUCGUCAACAGGCUGCCCAUCGUCGUCACAGCCCUCAUCGCCACUGGCCACGGCAACCACCCCAACACCCAUGCACACGGGCAACAUCGCUGUGGCGUGCCGCCCCCAACCCGUACACCACCUCCACCACAACAACAACCACAUCCAGCUGUCCUGUGCCCCGCACAAGCCCAUGAUGCUCCCACCUCCACCUCCUCCUCCACCACCUCCAGCCUCCACCGCCACUUCGUCCCCAUCAUCGUCGCCGCCAACCAAGCGCCGCCAGGGCUGGACCUCCGUGUACCAGACUUAUGUCCCGCCAAGCACAUGCACUAGCGUACCCACGAUGGUGGCGCAGCUGCCGCUCCGCUUCUCCUUCAGCAUCGCCAACAACACCACGGCCACCACUGCUGUGGUCCCGCUGCCUGACCACGGCCACAGCGGGCCAGACGAUAGCAACGACAGCACUGACGGUGACCAGGACCACCACCACCACCACCACCACCACCACCAUCAACCGUACAAUGAUCAACACCACCUCCUCCAUCAACACCAGCAUGACCACCACCACCACAGCAACAGUGAUACCAGCAUCACCACCAGCUACGUUCACCACAACCCGUUUGCAUGGAACAUCCACACCAUCAACGGCAACAGCAUGGACAACAACCCACACAAGCGCCCAAAAAUUGGCGACUACUAUGGCCACGGUCAUGACCACGGUGACAGCAACGACAGCCACGCGCACCUCCAGCAGCAGCAACAGCUCACUGCCGGUGACACGCCGUCACCAGGCCCACCCCAGCAAGGGCCCUCGUACCACCACCACCACCAACAACAACAACAACAACACGCGUCACCACUGCAUGCGCACUCCGGCUCCACCACAAUCCCUUCCCCGCCCCAUGGCGUGCACCGCGGUGACCACCCACACGCUGGUGCCUACCACCAUCCACUCGAGUCACACCACCACCAACACCAACAUCGCCAUCACCAUCAGCAUGAGCACGACGCGUGCAGCAGCCCCACCACGCACGCCGCCGACCUGCUUGCCUCCACCAACCCGCCGUCCGCAUCGGGCACGGCGUCGUACCCCUCGUCUGCCUCGUCGGGGUGCAGCUACCAGGGCCACGUGCACGGCAUUGCAGCUGCACCCUCUGCUGGGUGGACGCCACCACACGUGCGGCACGGCAGCUCCCCGCUGUCGUCAUCGUCGCCAGCGACAGGAACGCUAACAACAGGAAAAACGUCACGCACACAGGCAGCCUUGCCCAUCCUCCCGCUCACGUCCACCACGCCCGGUGAGACGCGACACGACGAAGACAGCCGCCCACGUGACGCGGAUGAGCGCGGCAGCGGCCGUGAGCGUGCAGCCGAUUCGCAUGGCAACAACGACGACCAUAACGACAGCAGUAACAACAACAGUAACAGCGGUAGAAACGCCGCCACGAACGGCAACCGACGCGGGGGCCACGCGCACGGCGGCAUGGCAACAGCACCCUCUGGCGCCGCAGACACAACACACGCAUCCGCGAUGAUGGCAGCUGCUCGAGGAAGAGGCGGAGGCGGUGCGGGGAUAGCACGACGGAGGCCAGCAACGCCGACGUACGCGUCAGCCACCGACUUCACCGCCCACUUGCAGUCGCUCUUGGAGACUGACAUUGGUGGCACCGACGCCAACAACGGGGAGAGUGGGGAGCCCACGUCCACGCCAACAACGUCGGCACACGCCACAACCAUGUCGCCGGGUAUUGCUGGUGGCAGCGGCAGUCUUGGAAGGGGCCGCCAUUACGGCAGUGCCAGCGGCCACGGCACGCUGCUGGACGCAACCACGCUCGACCCUAGCCUGCUUGAGCUCGACAACCCGUUUGAUACUGUGUCGGGGGACACCGUGUCCAUGCUCACGGGUGCACACGCCGCCUUGGACGAGCACACCUCGUUGCUCCGCGACCCAUACACCCCGCGUGAUUCGCAGCCCCCACCACCGUACCAGCAGCCUCCAGUUGGCGGCGGUCGUGGCCGUGGUCGUACCCGCAAGGCGCGCGCGCUCCCAGGCGCAUCCCCGUCACCGCCCUCACCGGCAUCGACUUCGACAUCGGCACCAUCAUCAGCCCGGCGGCGACAGCAGAAGGGCACGCGACGCAGCGGUGCACGUCUCGGCAGGAAGAGCAACGGCAAGAGUGCCAGCGCCAAGACAGGCAGUGGCAACGGCAACGAUGGCAACGAGGAGGGCCUCCCGCCGUAUGUGAAUGCGCCUAAGCGAAGGUCACGGCAGCCGCGCGACGAUGGCCGGGAUCGCCCGUACGUGUGCCCGCACCCGGGCUGCGGCAAGCGGUACAUCAAGAGCUCCCACCUCAAGACGCACCUGCGCUCGCACUCUGGGGAGAGGCCGCACGCGUGCACGUUUGAGGGCUGCCACUGGGCGUUUUCGAGAGCAGACGAGCUCAAGCGACACAUGCGCACACAUACGGGAGCGCGCCCGUACAAGUGCAAGGUCUGCCAGCGGUGCUUCACACGCAGUGACCACCUCUGCGCACACAUGAAGACACACGACCCAAACAAGCCCACACGCCGCCGCAAGAAGCAGGCGGCGGGCAAGGACAAGAAGAAGAAGUAG